GUUUAAUCUCGCUCGCGCGGAGAAAGUUAUGACCUCUGUGCCACCUCCUUCUGUAAGAUAUACCUCCCGUGAACGUUUACGCCAAGAGCUCUAUCCCAACUCUGCGAAAAGUAUUUCCUUAAAGGAAGUUGUUAAUAAUCAACCACGAACCGUUGAAGAGUCAACGAG